GACCUCCUGAUUAGUUAGUGGUGACACCCCAUAUGUGAACUCUAGCAUUUAGAGGCUGCCAUCAUGGUGAAGAGAUGAUAGGGAUUGAGAGAAAUAGCAUGCGCAUCUUUCGCAUCAAAUUGUCCUGACCCCACUGGUCGAGAGUGAGUGAUUCAUUUUCAUUUUCUAUAUGCUCUUGUACCCCGGUGAGGACCUAGAUUGCUCGGUCUCUAUUCUGAUGUCUUGAGUUGGAUGCAUGAGUUGACUGUUUUGAGUAAGUGGUUGAAUCAAGUCUAGGUUGGCCAGUGAACAGACGGGAGACUCUUCCUUUACUCGAUUUGCUGCACUCGAAUGUCCUUUGUGGUGGUUGUCCAGGUUGUUAUUGAGGUUGUGCAUGUAUUGAUGUUUGAAAACCAGUGCGAUUCACGUGUUCUGUGCCUUUAUGACUUGUCCCCAAUGUUGGUUGAUUGAAAUGUGUAGGCUUACCUAGUGUCUGACUUGGUUUGCUUGGGGACAAGCAAACGGUUAAGUGUGGGGGAGUUUGAUAGACCGUCAUUUACACAUGUUUUUACCCCCGUUCUUACACCGUUUGAGGUGUUGAUUCUCGUGUUUUAGGCCGAUUUCACGCUAGGUUGUGCUUGUUUGUGAUAUUUCAGGUCCUAGUACGUGAAUGAAGGCUUAGGAGCGAGUCUGGGGUCGAUUGGACGAAGAACGGACGAAUGGCGAGGUUUUUGGGGAGCUGCACGGGCAGACCAGGGAGGCUGCACGGCCGUGCACGGUUGCAAGCUGGCCGUGCGCCUCAUGCCGAGGAGAUGCACGGGCAGGCCCUGAAGAUUGCACGGCCGUGCACCUGGCCGUGCAAGAAGCCUGAGUUCGACUUAAGGGAUACGCUGCGUUUCAGAGUGCACGGCCAGAAUGGUGAGGUGCACGGCCGUGCACCCUGGCCGUGCAACUCGGGAAACCCGGUUUUAAAGCCUAAUCCGAGCCAGAAGUGAGAGAACAGUGUUUUCAGAGCAAAAACAGAGCCCUAGAGAGAGAAAGUACGAAGAACACAUCCUAGAAGCUGUCUUAGAGCUGGAUUUCAUCGAAUCGAGCCUGGAGAUUGUCAUAGGAGUGAAAAUCAUCGUCCCGGAGCAGAUUAUCCUCAUCGUUAUGAGUAUGACUAAUCCGAUUCUUGUUUUCUCUUCUCUCUCUAUGGAGUAGAACCCUUCUCUCACUUGGGGAUGAAGAACCCUAGUUCUAUGUGUUAGGGAUUGAUUGUAAUGACUUGGGAUGAUAUUACUGUUUGGUUUUAAUCGAUUGAGACAUGCUUUAUUGAGUCAAUUGAAUCUUGAUCAAAUUCUCUUGAUUUCUGCUUUAACCUAUGAUAGAUAGAAUCUGAUUAGGUUAAGAGAGCUUCCUUGAUUGAUAGUGGUGAAUUGGUUGUGCGAGAGUCAAUCAAUUUACUGCUUUGUACUGGAAUCUAAUUCCAGUAGUGAAUUUCUGUUCUUACUGCUUCAGCUUUCUAUCCCGGUGAAGACUAGUCGUCUGCCGGGUAGUUAGACUGAGAGGGCUUGGUCAGCUUAAGAGAUUCCAAGCUACUGCCGGAUCUUCCGCAGUCUAAUCAACAGUAAAUCAACCC